GCAGGGGGGAAAAGUACCCUAAGAAAGUGAAAGAAAAACAAAACUGUCAAACAGAUCUUUCUGCUGUGUGCAAAUAUCCCACUAAGUAAACCAGGGCCAGACUAAACUUAACACAUCCAGCACUGUGAGGUUUAUCUCUGGAAUUAUGUUUAGCUACAAACACGGCCUCAGUGCAGUGUUUGUCUUUUGUUUGAUGUGCUCUGUUACUGAAGGACUGGAGGACGAGCAUUGCCAAGUAACUGUUUGUGUAGUCCGGAUAAGGGUUGCCAUAACAACCUCUGCACUGCAGUCAGGGCUGGGACAGCAUGCCAGAGUAGCCUACAUGGCCCUGGAAUUAACACUCGAGCACAAGCAAGGGGUUAAAAUUAGGCUUUGAAAUGGUGUCACACGGUGUGUCUUUUCAUGAGAUAUGAUAUCAUAGCAUUGAUAUGUGAAAAGAUCCUGUUGAAUGUUGAGUGGUAUGAUGGCACAAUUGAAUGGCUGUAUAACAAAAUUUAGGUCACCUCUCAAUAGUUAGGCUAUUUUACCAUUUUGUGCAAAUGAGAAUACAAUGCUGCAAUCAUUUGGGGCUAGAGGCUCUGUUCAUAUUUCACGUUCAAGACAGACACACCCAGAAACAGCUGUCCACUGCUGUUCAGAGAAGGCCUGCUCUCGCAGGUGACAGUUGCUCGCUUGAGCUGAAGCCUGCUAGGGUUGUGGUGGCCUUCGGGGAGCCCGUGACGGUCAACUGCGUGGCCUCUCGGCCGGUACGUGUGUUGGGCUGGGAGUCAGCUGUGGGCGCCACGCACACGCAGAAUGACCUAACUGUCCAGUGGAAAGUGGACAGUCUGAUCGACUGGAUUGAAGAGCCAAUCUGCUACGGAGUAUUUUUCACAGCGCCCAGGCAGUGUGAGGAGAAACUAAAUCUCGUCCUUUACAAAACCCCAGACAGUGUGUCUAUCAGCCUUAAUCACACAGGUACCAUGGUGGAGGGGAAGGAAUACCAGCUACUGUGUGAGGUGCAGAACAUAGCGCCCGUACAGUACCUCACAUUGAGGUGGUACAGAGGUCAGACCGAGGUGUACAACCACUCAUUCUCCGACCUGACACCGACCACACCGGUCCAAGUGUCCUCCUCCCUGCUCAUCACUCCGACCAUGGCAGACCAUGGGGUCCAGUACACGUGUGCAGCUGAGCUUGACCUGGGCAUCGACGGUCCCCGACCUCCUCCCCGUGUCUCCUCAAAGCCUCUUGAUAUCACUGUACAUUUCUCUCCUUCCUUCUCCCAGCCUGAGGACGAGACCCUGGAGCUGAGCAAAGGGGAUGAGGCGUCGUUGAACUGCACGGCUGUGGGGAGCCCCCCGCCAUCAUACACCUGGAGCACCGCUGCACUUUCCCUGGAGAAGAUGGAGGACCAACCCAUCCUGACCUCCACUGCCCUGCGGCCUGGGACUUACACAUGUACUGCCUCCAAUAUACUGGGCAAGAAAAGCAAGCAGUUCAUCAUCAAGCCCAAACCCUAGGCAUGCCACUGAAUGAGGAUGUACGCCACACCGUUAUAUGCUCAUGCCAGCUCCAUGGUUUCAACUAGCCUGAUUUGUUGUGUUACCUCUUCUCAGGUGGGCAAUGUGAGAGGUCAUUGUGAAUGUCCAAGGGAAGCCAGUGCACAUAAAGUGUCAUUAGAACUGAAAGCUGACCACUGAAUAUACUGGAUUCUUUGUUGGCUGACAUUUUUUUCAGUUUCACACAGCUACAAGUUGGCCAGGUGAUACUCUUGUGGUGUGGAAUUUAGGCCUGGAUCAUUUUGUAGCGUAUUGUUUUAAAUAGCUCUUUACAUUUUUAUAGAUUAAAUGUUUUGUUAUUUUAGAUGUGAUGACCUCAUAACUGUGUGUCAGUCUGAUAAUGAGUUGACACACCAGAUGUCUCUCAGAAAAUGUUUAAGCUAAUAAUGUUUCUGAUUUUUUGAGUGGUGUUUUGUUUCUGUUCUGAACAGGUUGUAUAUUCCAACUAAUAUUUCUAUGUUACUUUCUUAGAGCUUUCUUAUUUGAUUCAACAUAGUACAACUUGGUAUUUGUUUUUUCUGUCUGACCUAAUACUAAUACAAUUGCAAGUGUAAAACAUUUUGUUGUUCUAUUGAUUUUUGAACUGCCCUGAGUUGUUUUUACUUUCUGUUGAGUCCGCACACUCCAGUCUGUGCAGAUUUUUCUUAUCUUUUAUAUGUUACCUACCAAUCCUGCACCUCGACAGAUGAGCGGUGAUCUUU